AUUGGCGUUAGCCUCAGUUCCUAGCCGGAGCUGGUCCGUUGCCGUACAGAGGAAAUGAAUGAAUUUCAGCGCUGUUUGUUGACAGACAUGUGUUCACAUUGUCGAGUUUUAAAUAAUUUAAAUUGAAAAAAUAUCACUCUAUCAGGAAUGGAAUGUGACAUUUUGGACUCUUUGGAUCAGCUCGGCUAUGACGGGCCGCUCCUGGAGGAGAAGGCACUUCUUCGGGCCGCAGAUAGCGGCCUGUCCUCGCCGGACUACGUGAACCUCUGCAGCUGGUUAGCAUCCAGACUGAAGCCGCUGUGUAACCUGGAGGAGAGCAUCACCUCCGGAUCAGAUGACAUGGAGAGCCUCCAGGUGGAGAUGAGCGGUCUUCUGAGGGAACUGCACUGUCCGUAUGAAGACGCUCCCUCUGGAGUUCCUCAGGGCGCCGUGGGAAAUACCAAAAAGCAUCUCCAGUUCCUCUUGUUCCUGAGCUCCGAGCUGCAGGCCGCCCAGAUCGUGAGCUGCAGGCGGGCCUGCCAUGAACAGCAAAGCCGGAGUCCGGUUUAUCAGGAGCUGUCCGCCGUCUGUGAGGCUCUGCAGCUGCCGGAGCCCCGAGGACGAGAGGCGCCAGAGGUCCUCUCUGCUGUCCAGAAUAAG